UCCCAAACAGCACAGUACGUUCUAAGUACGUACAAUUUUGGUACUGUACGUACAUGACGUAAAAUGUACGUUUUAAGUACGUACAUUGGAGUACAUACCAGUACGUACAGAAGAGUACGUACAUAGUACGUCUUAAGUAUGUACCAUGAGAAAGAAGAAAUAAAGCAUAUUUUUAUUAGGUUAUGUUAACCUAACCUAACCUAAUUUAUUUGGUUUUUGGUUAGAAAUUUUCCACGUUUAUUUAUACCAAUUUAUACUGUGGUUCCACAUCGAGUACAGUUUUAAUGUUUCUAGUUUCUACUAUUAUAUUAUUUAUCUAUGGUUUUAAUGUGAAAAUUGAUCAAGACACAGUUUAAUUUAAAGUUUUUUUACUUAUUUUUGGUGUUGGUGCUAGUGUGGUUUUUUGUUCUUAUUCAGCCGAGUGUUUUUUUUGAACUUAUAUAUAGUCAUACUGAAAAAUUUCUUUUGUGGGUGAGGAAGUUAGAUAAAUAAAUUAUUAAAUAAAUAUAAGUAUAUUUAAAACAAAAUCAUUUGGUAAAUUUUAAGAUUCAUAAGUUUUGAUUGUUUUUGUACUUGUAUUUGCUUGUAUCUUAGCAAUUAAUUAAUUUAGGUAUCUAUUUUAAAUUUUAGACAUGUCAUCAAAUAGUAAACAUUACAAAAAUGCUACAAAGCAAUUGAAACGAUUUAAUAAGGAAAUAAAUGUGCUAAAAAUAUCUAAUUUCAAUAUUUCAGAGGAAAGUGAUAAUACUAGUUUAGAUUAUAAAACUAUGGAUAUGACAGACACUAAUGAUAAUUCAAUGGAUGUUUUUGAAAAUUUUGAACACCAUCCAUUACCACACUCUCUUUCAGACACACUCUGUUUUGAAUAUGAGAAUAUAGCAGAAAACAAUUUAUUAUUAGAAGAUGAAAAAUGUAUUAGUGAUACUACUGAGGAUACUACAUGUAUUAAAAGUCUUACCAGUAACUUAUCAGAAUGGUGCUGUACACAUAAUAUUACACAUGUGGCUAUUAAUGACCUGUUAAAUAUUUUAAAACCAUAUCAUCCUGAAUUACCCCGAGAUGCUAGAACUCUGUUACACACUCCAAGAAAAACUAUUCUACAACCAAUAAAUUCCGGUCACUAUGUUCACUUUGGAUUGAGAAAUUGUUUACAAAAACUACUGUCUCAGUUUUCUGGAAAAGAGUCUCUUGAUACUGUAGAAAUUUUAAUUAAUAUAGAUGGUCUUCCACUUUCAAAAAGUUCAUCCAGUCAAGUGUAUCCAAUUUUAUGCAGUUUAUAUCCGAAACAGGGACCAGUUGAUAUAGUUGGUAUAUAUCACGGUUAUGAGAAACCCAAAGAUUGUAAUUUAUUUUUAGAAAAAUUUGUAAAAGAUGCCAUAGAAAUAAUUAAUAAUGGUAUGAACUAUGAAAGUAAAACUUAUUUUAUUAAAAUUAAAGGUUUUAUUUGUGAUGCUCCUGCUAAAGCAUACAUUACAUGUACUAAAGGUCAUUCUGGUUACAUGUCUUGCAGUAAAUGUGACAUCGAAGGGGUUUAUACUAAUAGGAUUUGUUUUCCUGAUACGAAGAAUUUUCAUUUACGCACUGAUUCUCAGUUUAGAUUAAAAGUUCAAGAGGAACAUCAUACAGGUACAACAUGUCUUGAAAAUAUUCCCCAUUUAGAUAUGGUAAAAUCAUUUCCUCUUGAUUAUAUGCAUUUGGUUUGUCUAGGGGUUGUCAAAAAAUUAUUAGUCUCUUUGUGGCUUGAUGGAAAACCAACAGCCAAACUUCCUUUUACUAAAAUAACACAACUCUCUACACUUUUAAUUGAACAAUCACCAAAUAUCCCUAAUGAGUUUAAUCGUAAACCAAGAAGUAUUUCUGAAAGUAAGAGGUGGAAAGCUUCAGAAUUUAGGCAGUUUCUGCUCUAUACAGGACCUGUCGUUUUAAUUGAUAUACUAUCAAAAGAUAAGUAUAAAAAUUUCCUUGUGUUAAAUGUAGCGAUAACUAUACUUUCAUGUUCAAAACAUUUUAAAUAUUUAGAAUUUGCCAAAACUUUGUUAAUUUAUUUUGUUGAAACUUUUAUCAUACUAUAUGGGAAAGAUUAUGCCUCACAUAAUAUUCAUAACUUGCUGCACUUAGUUGAUGAUGUUAAAUUAUUUGGUCCUCUUGACAGAUUUAGUGCUUUCAAUUUUGAAAAUUUUAUGCAGAGAAUUAAAAAAAUGUUGCGGAAACAGGAUAAACCACUUCAACAAUUAAUAAAUAGAAAAACUGAGCUUGAUAUGUUGCAAAAUCAAGCAAAAGUAGAGCAAGAUAGUUUUCCUUAUUGUAGUAAGCCUCAUUUUAAUGGACCAUUAGUACAUAACAAUAAAACUACCAAUCAGUUUAAAACCCUUACUUUUAAGGAUUUUAUUUUGACAACAAAAGAACCAGAUAAUUGUUGUAUUUUAAAUAAUGGGAACAUUAUAAAUAUAUGUAAUUUCAUAUUAAGAGAGGAUAAUCGAAUAAAUAUUUUGGGAUAUGAAUAUUUAGAGAAGGACAACUUUUAUGAAGAACCAUUUAACUCUUCAAAUUUAAAUAUAUUUCUCGUUAAUAAAAAAAUUAGCCCCUUGAGUGUGUGGAAUAUAGAGGACAUUUUAUGUAAAUGUGUAAAACUAAUGUUUAAAAACAAAUUUGUCACAUUUCCUCUUUUACAUAUAGAAAAAUAGAUAGAAAAACUUGUACUUACAAGAUUAAAAAUAUUUUUAACUAGUGGUGUGUUGUCACACAUGGCACUUUCCCUCAAAAUGCAUAUCUAAGUAGGGAUACGUUAGUUGAGAUUAUUUUAUUUAAUUUUCAUCAUUUUAUUAAAAUUUGUAAUUGUCACAUGUGCACAUCUUUAAAUUUUAUAUUCUACAAAAACAAUAUAAACUUCUGAUAAAUAUAUAUGCAAAAUUUGAUAUAAAAUGGAUUAAUUACCAUAAUAUUUUGUAAAUCCCCUAUUUCAAUGAACAGCUAUGAGUUUUAUAAUAUUUAUAAAAAUUAUAUAACUGCACAGUCUGCUAAAUUUUAUAUACAUUCACUAUUUAAACAGUUCGUUAUCAUUACAUUCUUAAAAAAAUUGUUUCUUGAUAGAACCUCCUUAACUUACACCAGUGUUUGAGGGAAAGUAAAAAUGAUUAUUUACAAUUUAUUUAUUUAUUAAACUUCUUCAAUUUUUGGUCUGUAAAAAAAUCAAUUACAGUAAUCUUUGUAAAAUAUAUUUAGACUGAUUAGACUGAUAUUGAAUAUGGCUGACAAAGAGACAUGGACUGUUGUAAAAUUUUUGGAGGAGUCUUCAGUGGCUGCUGUGCCCACAAAAUGGAUAUUUGAGGACAAAUGUCUUUGGCCCCCAUUCAUUGCUGAAAAACUUAAUUCAGCAAUUAAAAAUCAAAAAAUUGAAACUUGCUGGCCAUCUCACAAAGUGCAAGUUUUUAGGAACUCAACUUUUGAUUCAUAUGAAAUUGCUAGGGCCAAAGCAAAGAAAGCUGAAGAUACCAGUGACCUCAGUUCAACAGAUACUGAGAAGCACAAAAGAAAAUUGAAAAAAAGAAAAAUAUAUUCUUCUGAAUCAGAAGAGGAAUUUGAACUAUCUGUUCUACCUAACAUGCCAUCUCUCCCAAAAAAACAGAACAUAGAAAUAGAUGAUCAUAUUCCAACAGAAAUAUCAGCUGGACUCUGUUCCCCUAAACAAAAUGUAACACCAUCCUCAACAAGGAGCAAUAAUUUAAUUUCAAAACCAUCCACCUCAACAAGGUGCAACUGCUGCCCCCAUCAUGCUGAAGUUAAUAACGAAAUUUUAAGGCAACUAUAUUUUUUAAAAAGUGUGCAUAUAGAGUUACUUAAAGAGGUUAGAAAUAUCAAAGGUAACACUGAAAAUGAAGAUUUAUGUAACAUGGUACCAGUUCUUUCCAAUUUAAAAGUACCAUGUGACACUGUUGAAGAAUUGCAACAAAUAGAAGAUGUUUUAAAGAUUUCAGACAAUUUUAAAAAUAUGGUAAAUGAGCUGUGUAAAUGGGGCGGCAGCAGCAUUUUGGAUUUUGUUAAAAGGUCUAUGGGUACCUUAAUUACAAACAAACUGGCAACUAAUUAUAGCUGGCUUGGAAGACGAAAUAAACAGGCAUUUUGCCAAUUCAGCAUCGCUGCAGUUAUAGUGGAAGCGGCAAUGAAAAGCCAAAAAUGUAGUGAUAAGAAGGUGGCGGAACAAGAGAUUGGACGAUGGUUGAGGAGAGCUGGGGAUCGCUUGAAAAUUUUUAAAGAAAAGGAAUUAGAUUAAAAAUUGAAUUUAUUUUUUACAAAAAAUAAAGAUAUAUUCACC